GUUGCGUGCCUCCCAGCGCAUUGCCGCUGGUUUUCUCAAUCGUAUGGCCAGGACGGUCGCCAUGGCAGCGCUGCCGCAGCUUCGCAUCCUUGUUACAGAAAUUGGUGUAAUGCACCUUCGUUUAGUCAUAUCAACUUCUAAGACUGCUGGUGAGGCGAUAUUAGAGGAGGGGCUUCGAGGGCCGUGGGUUGUGUCUGUCGAGUUGUGGCACGCCACUCUCCAUUUCCGUGCAUAUGAUCCCAGUUCUGGCGCGGUGGUGAGGACAAAUACGCCGGCUUUUGGCUUUUGGGGCGUUGCAAGCCAGCUGUUGGAUGCACUCGGAUGUGCAUCAACUCCACUAGAUCCUGCUUUGAGGCUAGAGCCACGUAGAAGCAGGUGGCAGCUUCGAGCAUUGUCGGUAACCUCCCUGGAUACCGCAAAUGUGACGUUAGAGUCCCUCAGAGGCACUGCAAGUGCUGUAGCCACGCUUGCUGUGGCCGAAGUAACCGUUCGUAUUGUUGAUCGAGUGGCCUCAAAUGGUUUUGUUUGCGCUGAAAACACAGACAAGCGACGACGUCGCGCUGGUGUUGCUGCGUUGAAGGCAAAAAGAUACAAAAUAGUCGCAGGGGUCACGUCUGUUCUUGGUGCUCGUGCAGCUCUGCGAGGAAGAAUGCGAGACAACAAGCCUAAAUCAAUAGCGGACUUUGCCGCUCUCCGUUUUGCUGCUGAUCUCGAUACACCUUUGAAAGCUGAGCCUCUUCCUCUAUCUACAUGGGGAGAUGAAAUUAGAAAUCUCGUCGCAGCGCCCCGAUCUAUGCUAAUAAAGAAGGUGCUACUUCGCGAGGCCUCCGAUGGUCAAACUGCGUGGCCUGCGAGGACUGCCAUGUUUAUUAUCGACUUCUCAACGGCACCCGAUGAACUUCGACAUCAACAAAUUAAUGAGCGCGCGACAGUAAUGCUUCAACGCCACGCUAUUGAUGUGAAUGAGAUCCCCGCUGCUGUCCAUGGAGCUGCGCUCUGGAUCAGUCCAGGCCGCGGGAAUUUGUUUGACGAAGAACAAGCAUUCGUGCAGACUCGAGACUUGCAAAAUAAGAGCAAUGUCACCCAAGAGGGUAUCGAUGGCCAAAUACAUAUGGAUGGUGCCACGUUAGCUCGCGUUCUCAUGUCACAGGACGCUGAUGCAAGGUUGGCUCGUAAAGCAAUUCAAGCCGCGGUACAAGCAUUUCGUGCAAUCCGGAUCGAUAGGGUCUUGAAAGCCAAAAUGUUGUGGCGCAAUCGAGCAAGAAAGCGGCUGAUGUGCUUGUUACCAUGGUUGGAGAGAACCAGCAGGACAGUGCAGGGAUCGGGACUUCUGACAGCAAACCACCAGUCUACUGACAUUGAUCAAUCCAUACUGACCCUUCGAGCGCACGCGGAGAGAACAAGACCACAAGGUCGUGCCAAUGCAUUCGAUGCUGUAAUAUCUCGCAUCCGUUAUUUGAGACACCUCGCUAGGAGGUAG